UCGGGGAUGAAUUUUUAGUAAAUGAGGUGAUGGUCGGCGAGCAUAGACAUCUAAUGUUUGCCACACAAACACAGCUAGAGCUUUUGAAAACGUGCAAAAGAUGGUUUAUGGAUGGGACUUUUAAAGUAGUAAGUAAGAAAGCCGUUUUCCCAGUUGUGGUCCAUACAUGGUUUUUUAAAAAAAGGGGACAGUAUGAAGCAGGUACCGCUAUGUUUUGUCCCGAUGACAAGGAGGUCGUCCGAAGAUUAGUACUAAGACAUAUAAAGGAACGAUAUCAACCUGCAGUAGAAUGUGGCAUGUUGGACUUCGAACCAGGUUGCUGGUCAGCUAUCAGAAAAGUGUUCCCCGGGAUGAAGUUGAAGGGCUGUGUUUUUCAUUGGAAACAAUGCGUUUGGAGGAAGGUUCAGGGUGUUGGUUUGGCGGGUACCUACUACGAAAGGAAGACCAUCUAUAAUUACGCCCCGACCACAUGCUAG